GCCGGACCCCCCAGGUGGAGCGACAGGUCUCGGGCCCUCAGGCGGAGCGGCGGGCGGGCGCCGGACCCCCAGGCGGAGCGACAGGUCUCGGGCCCUCAGGCGGAGCGGCAGGCGCCGGACCCCCAGGCGGAGCGACAGGUCUCGGGCCCUCAGGCGGAUCUCGGGCCCCCCAGGGGCGGCGGGCGCCGGACCCCCAGGUGGAGCGGCGGGCGCUGGACCCCCAAGCGGAGCAACAGGUCUCGGGCCCCCAGGCGGAGCGGCGGGCACCGAGAGACACCAGGCACGACAGUGGGCUCCGAGUCAACUGGUAUGACCGCAGGCACUGGGUCAGACACUGGAUGGUCUGGCUGGACAGCGGGCAUCGGGUCACCAGGCCGGACAGCGGGCAUCGGGUCACCAGGCAUCAAGUCAUUUGGCUCGACAGCGAGCACCGCGUCAUCUGGCAAGGCAGUGGGCUCCGAGUCAACUGGCAUGACCGCGGGCACCGGGGCAGACAUUGAAUCGUCUGGCUGGACAGCGGGCAUCGGGGUCACCAGGCAUCAGGUCAUUUGGCUCGACCGCGGCACCGCGUCAUCUGGCAAGGCAGUGGGCUCCGAGUCAACUGGUAUGACCGCGGGCACUGGGUCAGACAUUGGAUCGUCUGACUGGACAGCGGGCAUCGGGUCACCUGGCAUCAGGUCAUUUGGCUCGACAGCGGGCACCGCGUCAUCUGGCAAGGCAGUGGUCUCCGAGUCAACAGGCACGACAGUGGGCACCGGGUCAUCAGGUACCGGAUUGUCUGGCUCGACAGCGGGCAUCGGGUCAUCAGGCAUCAGGUCAUUUGGCUUGCCAGCGGGCACCGCGUCAUCUGGCAAGGCAGUGGGCACCGAGUCA